GUGGCCAUCUUCGUAAAUAAUCCGGGUAAUAUGCAUCUCCGAGAGUCGGUACCAGAAAUAAUGAGGAUCCUGCGAAGGUUUGAAACCGCUAACAACAGCGUUGGAGCUGCAAGUACACAUAUGUGGCUGCUACCAUACCUUCCCUAUGUUGGCGAAAAGGAACAUGGUUCAAUUGAAUUCAAGUACCGCUACUUACCGGAAUUCUUCAAGUUGACGGAGUACAGGAGAUGGAGUCAUUUUGUGAAUCUUGGCGACCAUGCGGAUUGUCUCGCUGAGAGACCUUCGUGUCUACAGAAAUUUGUCUUUUCCACUGGAUUCCAUAAUGCUGUCACAUGGACAGAACGCCUGAAUUUGCUGGAACAAUGGCGAGACAUUGCAAGUGAAUAUCGACAUCUUAAUCUGACCGUCUACGAAGAUUUCUCAAUGUAUUCAGAUCAGUCCCGGCUUUAUCUGCGAUUUGUUGUGUAUCAGAGCCUUUGUGUUCUGGAUUGUUAUUUUCAUAUCUGUUCAGGAGUAUUCGGUUGCCUUGUUUACCUCAACAUUGAUUUGGAUCCAAUUUCGAUGACAACAUUGCUGAUGGCUAUUGGAUUCUCGGUGGACUUCGUUGCUCACAUAACAUGGCACUACUACAAAGGAGAUUUCCCGAGCAAGCGUGAACGUCUCCGCCAUGCACUGGCGUCAAUCGCUUGGCCCAUGUUCCAAUCCGGAAUGUCUACGAUGAUCUCCAUUGUUGUUCUUACAGCAGUUCAUGCAUAUAUGGUUAAGGUGUUUGUGAAGGUGAUUUGGUUUUCUCUUAUGCUAACUAAUUACUGGUCUUUAAUCCACGAUUCGUACUCUCACCGUUUUACUGGCAUGUCGGUUGUCGUACUAGUCGUAUUCCUUGGCAUGUGUCAUGGUCUGAUCGUGCUUCCAGUGGUUUUCGCUGCACUUCCAUUUAAGAAAGCAAAGGUUUCACAUGAAAAACCUCAUCAGUUGACCAUCAUGGAUGUGAAACCGCCAUUAGGACGACAGUCCAAUCAAGCGUAA